AUGAACUGCGUAGAUGCAGGUGUGGAAUGCCAUCGUACUCGUGAAACGCGCAUUCAUCGACCGCGUGUCUCCCGUCUUGAUGCAUUGGCAGCCCGUCUUGCUAAACUUGAAGAAUCAAACUCAGCAGAAACAUCGGUCAAGUCUUCAUCAGCUGCUGCACAUGGCCAUGCAACAUCCGCAUCGUCACCACAGACUAAACAUCACAGUCCUCAUGGGUCAAUUUCGAGCCAGUAUACCGAACCGGCUUAUGAGAAAAAGAGAAAGCAAUACACCGCACCGGGUGAGACUAUUAUACUCUCUCCCCCAGAGAUUAAGCGUAAUAAAACACAAGGUGUCGUUCGACAAAAAAUCCAUGAGGAUUCUCCGGAGUCGACGCGCCAUGCAAGCGAGGCUAGGGAGUUUAUCGAGCAGGAGCUCCAAUGCAACCCAGAGCUUUCGACAGAUCGACGUACUGCGCUUGAGUUGGCGCGCAAGUUUGUUAGUCAGUUAUCUAACCCUGCGCUUCAUUGGGAGUCUGGGGAGUCCCGCGCUGCGGAUCAUAUAGCUGAAGAGAGUCUGCAACCUCCUACUCUUACGCCAGAGUUGCUACACAUGCUACUCCCAGGUAUUUAUUGGAACUUUGAUUUUUAUACAGUAUAUGCUAACACACGCAUGGGCCCUGAUAACAAAACCAAUUCCCAAGGCACCCUUUCCUGGCCAGAUCAUAUCUCUGAUAAGGCCCUAGAACGAAUGGGACUUGCCAUAAUCGAGGGCAGUGAGUGUGAACAAGUGCUCCAAUACUUUCGGAUAAGCGUAUGGGUGAAAGCAAUCUCCUGUAUAUCAAAAUUGGCACCAUUGAUCUCGAGUGAACGUCUCAGGGUCCAUUUCCGCACAUUGAAGAAACAAUACGAAGUGGCUGCUCAAGAAGAAUUGAACCAACUCCCUUUGGCAGCGGCGCCUAGCCUUGGCUUGCUUCAGUCUCUGCUCUCCGGGUCACGCUUGAUGCAGUAUCAAGGAAACAUGUCCCGUUGUUGGAUGUUCACAGCACUUGCCUCGCGAAUCAUUGUCUCAUUCGGUUACCACAACAUCACAGAUACAGAGCCUCGAAACGAGGUGGAAGAAGACAUUCAUGCCUCUGUGUAUACUUGCUAUUACUUCGACAAGACACUCAGCUUGCUGCUCCUCCGGCCGCCGUCUCUACCAGACCUAAAAGUAGAGCCUGCUCAGUUAAUCCACGUUGAUCCCGACUUACCAACAUCAGCCAUGAUCGUUGGCAUUGUCGAAUACUCACAGCUGAAGCAUACCCUGCUGAAUGUUCUACUGGACAUCAAGGUAAUGCGGGAAGUGGAGAAGGCCAACAUCUUGUCCAAUCUCGUGGAGCGAGCGCACUCAAUUCAUUCGAACUUGCAGAUAUUUCGACGUCGUCAAGAACUAGAGUUUCCAGGAGAAUCAUGGCACUUUCUACGACGAGAAUGGCUCUCCAUGGAUUUCAACUACUAUUCCGUCCUAACAACCAUCAUCCGAGUACGCUCCUCUGUCUUGAAAUCCCGCUUGAUCUGCGAAGACUGUCUUUACGCAGCCCGGGAAUCUCUUACUACCCUCCGGGCCUUGCAAGAGACAUUCUCAGGGCAUAUUACAUCCGUUGAUUCGUACCCAUACUUCCUCACUUGGACAAUGUUGCUCUUCCCACUAGCCCCCUUCUUCGUCCUGUUCUGCAACGUCGUCGCCACAUCAGACCAGCGAGAUUUCCACAUGAUCAAGAAUAUCACCGACGAUCUGCAUCAGUUCGUCGGGGCAAACCCGUCCAUCGAUAAACUGUAUCGGCUCUUCUCUAAAUUUCUGGACUUAUGUGCACCAUUGAUACAGAUGAAACCUGCACAACAACAGCCCGAGAGACCAUUGUCUGCUGUCUCUACUGCGGUCACACUAGACAACACAAGGACGGACGGAGCUCAGAUAGAGCGUGAUGCUAAUUUUCUUGGUCCUGCCGCUACCACUAGCACUAACCAGGCCUGGACACCUCCGGGGUGGAAUGAUAGUCUGGUGUGGGAGUUGUUUGAUAACCAGCCCUCGUUGGGAUGGGCAGAGUCGGAUCUGUGGGAUGUUAUGGCGCAGUUGCCUGCGUAG